UCUCAUCUUCACACACUCCACUCCCCACCUACAUUUCUCCUCAUAUAACAAUAUACUCUCCACCCUAAAACCUCUCCUUUCUUAGCUCCAACAUUCUUUGCACUUUUGCACACACAAACAGUCUUUAAACCUUCCCACAUCUUAUAAGCUCUGAAAAAACUGUCAAUUCUUCCUCCUGUGUGUCUUUAACAUUCUCGAUUGUUUUCCAACAACAUUCAUCAAAUUCUUAUGGAGCAUCCUAUCAACGAUGUGAAAUAUGAAGAGGAAUUUAUAGUAAAUUCCCGAGGAGUGGAGCUUUUCACAUGCAGAUGGUCACCUGCAAACAGUGAACCACAGGCUUUGAUCUUUUUGUGCCAUGGAUAUGCCAUGGAGUGCAGCAUCUCCAUGAGAGACUGUGCGUCCCGACUAGUUAAGGCCGGGUACGAGGUUCAUGGCAUCGACUGCGAAGGCCAUGGCAAGUCAUCUGGGCUACUGGGACUCAUCCCCAACUUUGAUCAUCUCGUCGACGACCUCUCCGAACACUUCACCAAUAUUUCUGAGAGGAGAGAGAACAGGACGAAGACGAGAUAUGUUCUAGGAGAGUCGAUGGGAGGGGCCCUGGUCCUACGUUUGCACCUCAAGAAGCCACAUUACUGGGACGGCGCCGUCCUCAUCGCUCCUAUGUGUAAGAUUGCUGAGGAGUUGAAACCAAACCCGUUGCUUGUAAAAGCCUUGACUUCUUUGGCUAGCAUCGUUCCGACAUGGAAACUUACCCCAAGUCCAGACAUAGUCGAUCUUGCCUUUAGAGACCCUAAAGUGAGAGACGAGGUUAGGUCAAAUCCAUACACAUACAAAGGCCGACCUCGUCUUCAAACUAGCUAUCAACUGUAUGAAGCCAGUGUGCAUUUGGAGCAAAGACUCCAAGAGGUCUCUUUGCCGUUCAUAAUUCUCCAUGGGGAAGAUGACAAGGUGACGGAUCCAUCCGUCAGCAAAGUCUUGUACGAAUCGGCUUGUGCUGCGGACAAGACCUUCAAGUUGUACCCAGGAAUGUGGCAUUCUCUGUCAUAUGGCGAGUUGCCGGAAAACCUAGACACGGUAUUCUCCGACCUCCUCGACUGGUUGAAAGAAAGAGUUCAUGCCCGCAAUGCUACAUUGGAAGAGCAACGAAAGAUUGCCAACGAUCACAAUGCAUCCGAUUCCAAGUCGGUUAAUGUAAAAGAAACUUAAAUGUUUAUUUUUCUUUCGUUGAUGAUCAUACAUGUGUUAUCAAAGUGAUGAUAUUUGUUUUGAUUAGGCCCAUCAUUAUAUAUAUACCUAGUUCGAUUUAAUAUUCUAA